CGACAGAGAGAGAGAGGGUGGAGAGAGGAGGGGAGAAAAGAAGAGGAGAAGACGCGUUUUUUGGUGGUUGUUCUUCUUCUCUGCAAUUUCCUUUUCUUCCCUCCUAAAGACCAGAGACUCAAUCAAAGCCGCUCCUAUCUACAUUUCAAGGUUAGCAUUUCUUUCUUUCAUUUCUUCAAAAUCCAGCAAAACCGGUGUCUUGUUUUUGCUUCUUUUGUGGAAAUUCCGUGUCAAAUCCUCCUCCUGUUUGAUAUAUAGAGAAAGAGAGAUGGGAGAAGCUCUGGUUGCUAGGUACUGGUGCCACAUGUGCUCGCAAAUGGUGAAUCCGAUCAUGGAAGUUGAGAUCAAAUGUCCAUUCUGCGAGAGUGGUUUUUUGGAAGAAAUGGACGGCAAUAGAGAGCACGAUAACGAUGAUCUGGGAUCUGAUAGGGCCCUCUCUCUGUGGGCCCCCAUCUUACUUGGAAUAAUGGGUGGUGAACCUACCCGUCACAGGAGAUUCCGAAGAGAAGAGGAGGAAGAAGGGCAAGGAGAAUUUGAACUGGAACGCGAGUCUGAAUCAAUUGUUCGAAGAAGGAGAAGAAGCUCUGCUGCAAUCCUACAACUCCUUCAAGGACUUCGGGCCGGAAUAGGGUCUGAAACGGAGAAUUCGGAUAGCGAAAGAGACCGAGAACGUGUAAUUCUGAUCAAUCCUUUCAAUCAGGCCGUAAUCCUUCAAGGAUCAUUCGAUUUGAACCAGACCCAAAACCAGAAUCAUCACCCAUCUGACGGGUCAUUGGGCGAUUACUUCAUUGGGCCCAGUUUGGAUUUGUUGCUACAACAUCUAGCUGAGAACGAUUCAACCCGAUAUGGUACACCCCCAGCUCGAAAAGAGGCAGUUGAGUCAAUGCCCAAUGUAAAAGUCGGCGAGAAUCUCCGAUGUUCUGUCUGUUUGGAUGAUUUUGAGCUUGGUUCAGAAGCUAAGGAGAUGCCAUGUAAGCAUAAGUUCCAUAGCGGGUGUAUUCUGCCAUGGCUGGAGCUGCAUAGUUCAUGCCCUGUCUGUAGGUUUCAGAUGCCUACGGAUGGAUCAAAGGAUGGAAAUGGAUCUGGGAAUAGUAGCAAUAGGGUGGAGAGCAAUGCCAAUGCUAGCAGCGAAGAGAGGAGUGGUGGUAGUAGUGAAGGCGGGAGCGGGAAUGGGAGGCGGUUUUGGGUCCCGGUCCCAUGGCCUUUUAAUGGGCUAUUUUCAUUAUCGGGUUCGCAGAGUGGCAGGAAUUCUUCUUCUUCCGCAUCUGGAAGUGCUUCUCAUGCUGAUGAGAAUUGAAGUAAUUUGUCAAGUAUCUUUCUUCUUCAUCUUCCUUGUUUUUAUCGCUUCUGUAUAUAGUCUUUUCCUUUAAUCAAUUUGCAUCCUCGAAGGUUUGGUUCUCUUUUCUUUUUUAUUCUAAGAUGCUUCUCUAUUUUGAAUUUGGAAGAAUCAGCAGAAAGGAUGGAAUUCAAGUUAAAAGGGAAGGAUGUAAUGCUGAGUGUUUUAUACA